AUGACUCAAUCGACCGUGACCGUACUGCCAGAGCAUCGCAGCGUGAUCGAAGCCGCUCUCGAAGACGCCCAAGCUCGGCAGACCCCAAUCGGAUUGAAUUGCCUCGACGCCGGCCAGCCCUUGAAGCGAGAUCAAAAUCUAAAGCAUUGCCUGGCAGCAGGGCCGCACUGGUCAAUACAGAUGUUCGUCGUCAGCUACUGCAAGAAGGAGUCCUGCUUGACACUCACCUGGCAAGCAGUGAAGCUGGCAUGGCUGUUCGUCCUGAUGUCACCCCACGUCGUUUGUUUGAAUCUCCGGCCCAUGUCGUGUCCAACGGUGAGAUGGCCCCCACAAUCUCCAGAGACUCCGUUGUGCCUUGGCGAGCCCCUUCCGCAGUUGCAGAUCCACUGGGCGGGCAUUUACGUGGAUGUUCUCUAUUGGGGAUCUGCUCAUCACGGACUGAUCAAUGCAACUGGUUACAAAGGCUCUGACUCUGUUCCAGCUGUGUACACGUUGGAUGGCAAGAUGGAGAAGAAGGAAGUCCUUGCGGCCAUGCUAAAAAAGGCUUUUCCGCCUUAU